CUGUGCCCAGCUGUGCCCAGCUGUGUCCAGCUGUGUCCAGGUGUGCACAGGUGUCUCCCGGUGUCUCCCGGUGUCUCCCGGUGUCUCCAGGUGUCUCCAGGUGCCCCCAUGGCUGCCGGUCGCCUGGGCCGGCCCCUGCCGGGCUCCUCGGUGCUGUUCUUGUGCGACCUCCAGGAGCGGUUCCGGAGCUCCAUCGCCGCCUUCCCUCAGAUCGUGGCCGUGGCCGCGCGGAUGCUCCAGGGCUGCCGGAUUUUGGGGGUGCCCGUGCUGGUGACAGAGCAGCGCCCGGAUGUUUUGGGGCCCACGGUGCCGGAACUGGGGGCGCAGGACCUGCCCCGGAUCCCCAAAACCGCCUUCAGCAUGGUGGGGGCGGCCGCGCCCCUCCUGGGGGACCCCAAAAUCCGCUCCGUGCUCCUCUGCGGCAUCGAGGCGCAGGCCUGCAUCCUGGUGAGGGCACCCCGAAAAUCGGGGGGUGGUCUGGGGGCUCCUGGGGGGAGAUUUGGGGAGGGAACCCCAAACCUCGACGACGUCAGCACUGUGGAUUUUCCUGCCCCUCCCGUGACGUCACAACGAGGGGUGGAGCCACUCGAUGAUGAUGUCACCGAUCACUGCCAAGGCCCCGCCCCUUUCCCCGAUGAUGUCACGGGGGCUGGGCCCGCCGAUGAUGUCACGUCCCGUCCCCGAUGA